GAAACAUAAAACUGCAGAUAAUAUUUCAAACAACGAGCAAAAAAAUUUUUUGUUUUAUUCCUCCAUAUAUUUCGCGUAGUUCAAGCCGCGCAGUAUAUUUCGGAAGUGGAAGAACGGUUGUCAUAGUAAAUAUGGCAAAAAUCAUUUGCCUCUCAUGUUUCAAUGAGCUCUCGAGAUACGACAAGAUAUUUUCGUGUAGUCGAAAGCAUAACUUUUGUGCACCGUGUGGAAAAUCUAUGCAUUUGCAAUGUGAGUGCUAUGAAUCAUUGCAUCUGGUGACAAUGAAAAAUAGUGAAGAAAAUCCGAAUAACCGUAUCGAAUGCUUGGGCAAUUUAUUGAAAAUAUGGGAAUGCAAUUGGUCCGGCACGAAGAGCAGCUUUCCGGAGCAUUUUAUUCGAUGUCACAAUAACAUGGAAAUAUUUUCACAAUUUCAAGUUUCAUCGGUUCCAUUUCAAAGCGAUCAAUUAUUGUCGGCAUUGACUCUUAUUCAAGCAUUUGAUUCCAAUUUUAUUUUUUAUUAUCAUACCAAUCCAUUGACAAAAAUGAUUUAUUUCAUAAUAUUUCUACUUAACGAGCAUGAACAACUAAAUCCUGAAUCGUAUCUCUAUGAAUUGAUGAUAAAAUCACCAAAGGAAAAUCACUGUAAGAUAAAAUUUGUAGAGAAAUGUCUUACUUACGAUGAUGACAUAUUUAAAUUACGUGAUGAAGAGAUUUGUGCUGCUGUUACUUAUAAAAGUAUUGCGAAGCAUUUAGAUGACAAUCAUAUACACUUUUCAUUUCUAGUUAAGAAAAAUUGCAAAGAAACUUUAAAUAUAAAGGCAUCAGCUCAAAAUGACAAAGCAAAGGCGGUUGUUCCAAAGCCUAUUGCUCAUGCAGUUCAAAAUAAAGGAAUACUUAAAUCGAAUAACAACAGAAAAGGACAAUCGAUACCUGAUGUAAAAUCACAAACCACUGUCGUGCUGAAACAUGAAAAUGCACCUUUACUCCUUGAGGAAUCGUUUAAAAACUUACAAACUAAACAAAACAGUCAACCGCCUGAAUACUCGUCCAUCAAUAAAGGAGAUGAUGAAAAGCAUUUCAAAUCACCUGCUCACUGUACAUCAGCUAUAAAUAAAGAUAAUAAUGAUCUCACAGAGCAAAGUACAACACGACCAGAUGAAUGCUAUCACUUUAGAAAUGUUACAUGUCAAGCUUACAAAACGCCGGAUCAUAAAGUUUAUAAGCAAAAGUAUCCUGAUUCCUGUUUUAGUAAGCCUUUCUUGAAAAAGUGAUGUAUUUAUAAACAAAAUUUCUAGUCUAGAUUUUCAAGAAUUGUAAUGCACUCCCAAAGUCGAAAUAAAUAUAAUUUGCUAAACUUGGUGAG